UUAGCAUGACGUAGCAUGGAUGCUACGGAAGUAGCGUAAUAAGCAGAUAGGGAUGUGAGGCAUGGACCUAAAGUAAAGCCGGCAACUCAAUACCACAUCUAAUCGGAAAUGUUAAAGGGAGAUUUUAAAAGACUGAAAGACAGUUCGAUGCAAGCUCGACUAUCCGAACCAAAACAUGGACUUUCUGACUCUGUUUGCUAUCUACGUCGCGGUGAUGCUGACAUGCAUUUUUCUGGUCUGUAAAUACUCCGGCCAGAAGCACAGCCCCUUAAACAGACUUUUUGACUGUUUUAGAAAGGUUUUUUCCCCUUUUACUCCACUAUGGUUGCAGAGGUUUUUCCAGCGGAGUCUGCACAGAAUGUUUCAUCAAAGGAACAACAUGUUCAUCUACCUGCACAUCCUCUUGGAGGGCGCCGUGUACGGAGAGUUCACCUAUGAGGUGUUUGGCUUCUGCAGGGACAUGGACACCUCUCUGACCAGCUUAUCAGUGCCUUAUAUUUUGCUGGUGCUAAAGACCUUCUUCUUCUACCUCUGCAUUAAGACAGAUCCAGGCACGGUGACAAAGAGCACCGUCUCUGGACUGCUCCGCGUCUAUCCGUACGACAAGAGGCUGUUCCAUCCUGGAGUCUCCUGUCCGACCUGCCAGCUCAUCAAACCGGCUCGCUCCAAACAUUGCGGCGUCUGCGACAGAUGCGUUCAUCGCUUUGACCAUCACUGCGUCUGGGUGAACAACUGCGUCGGCGCUCAGAACACAGGCUACUUCCUGCUGUACCUCUUCAGCGUGUGCGCCAUGGCGGCCGACGUGGCCCUGCUGACGCUGGACAUGCUGCUCCACGCCGUGCUGCGCUCGGGGCUCCUGAGAGCCAGCUACAUCGACGAGAACGGCGAGCAGCAGCCGGCUGGGUUUCCGUUCAUCGUCCAGCAUCUUUUUCUCACUUUCCCCCGAAUCAUCUUCAUGCUGGGCUUCGUCGUCUUCGUCUUCUUCCUCCUGGCGGGCUACGCCUUGUUCCAUUUCUACCUGGCGCUGGUCAACCAGACCUCCAAUGAGUGGUACAAAAGCCGCGGCUACGUUUGUCAGCACUGCCACCCGACGGCGGCGGCGGAUGCUCUUUGCAGCCCCGCCCCCAAUCACUCUAAGAGAUACUUCUACAGCAGAGGGCCGCUGCGAAACCUCCGGGAGAUGUUCUUUCCUCGGAAACCGGUGAAGAAAAAAGACAAGUGAAAGAAAAACGUUUACUGCUUUGUACACUACUGUUGUUUUUGUACUGUUACUUGGGAUGAUAAAAUGUUUUGACUUCUUAAAGGGCCUAAUUUUUUUUGUCUUUCAUAAAGUAAAAUCUAAAA